GGUACAUCGCUGGCGCCCGACUAUGUUCUCAUGAUGAAGCGCAGACUGGAUGAUCCAGAGGCAGCUGCCUACCCACCCCAGCCUCGCCGAAUCACUGAACCAUUUGCCCACCAACACCGUGUACUUGCUCCUGCUCCUCCGGCUUAUGAACCGCAGUCUGACAGCAUGCAGCCCACAACGGGCAUCCAAUACUCCGUGACACCAGGAUAUCAGGUGUCAGCAGUGCCUCAAAGCUCCGGUAGCCAUGGGCAAGCAGCUCUUGCAGCUGUACAUGGAGCCCACCACCACAACACACCUGUCCCGGGCCAUGGAGGUCCUGGGGUGCAGAGUCAUGCACAUUCAACACCUCCAGCUGCACCUGCUCAGGGGCAACAAUUUCAGAGACUGAAGGUGGAGGAUGCACUUUCUUAUCUUGAUCAGGUGAAAUUGCAGUUUGGCAGCCAGCCCCAGGUGUACAAUGAUUUCCUUGACAUUAUGAAGGAGUUCAAAUCCCAAAGCAUUGACACUCCAGGAGUCAUCAGUCGGGUUUCUCAGCUCUUCAAAGGUCAUCCUGACCUGAUCAUGGGUUUUAACACCUUUCUACCGCCAGGAUAUAAAAUUGAAGUGCAAACAAAUGACCUGGUAAACGUCACCACACCUGGACAGGUCCAUCAGAUCACGACUCAUGGGUUGCAGCCUCCUGUCCCACCAGUUCCCCCACCUUCACAACCGUCCACCCAGGCAGCUCCCCCUCCAGUUCACCCAACUCCACCACCAGCUCCAGCCAAGAUCAACAAGCCCGUGCCUUCUCAGGCACAUACACCAACCAGCCAACAGAGCACACCAAUCCAGUACCCAUCUCCCCGUUCUCCACCAGCACAGCCACAUACACCAGGACCACUGGCACAUGCCACUCCCACAGCAACUGCAGCCACACCUACAAUGCAAAACAACCAGCCUGUUGAAUUCAAUCAUGCCAUUAAUUAUGUGAACAAAAUAAAAAAUCGUUUUCAAGGCCAGCCUGACAUUUACAAGGCUUUCUUGGAGAUCCUGCAUACCUACCAGAAGGAGCAGCGUAAUGCGAAGGAAGCAGGAGGAAAUUAUACCCCAGCCCUCACUGAACAGGAGGUGUAUGCCCAGGUUGCUCGGCUUUUCAAGAACCAGGAAGACUUACUGUCAGAAUUUGGACAGUUCCUGCCAGAUGCCAACAGUUCUGUGCUGCUGAGUAAAACCACAGCAGAAAAAGUGGAAUCGGUGAGGAAUGACCAUGGAGGUACUGUGAAAAAGCCUCAAAUGAACAACAAACAGCAGAGACCCAACCAAAAUGGAUGUCAGAUACGUCGGCACUCUGGAUCUGGGGCCACGCCCCCUAUAAAAAAGAAACCCAAAAUACUUAUCCCGAAAGAUCAGUCCUUGACAGAUGCAAACAAGCACGGAGCAGGGGCAGAAUCACAGUUUUUUGAUAAGGUCGUAAAGCUCUCAGAAGUGCAGAGGCCUAUGAUAAUUUCCUGCGGUGUCUGGUGAUCUUCAAUCAGGAGGUUAUAUCUCGGUCAGAGCUGGUGCAGUUAGUUUCUCCUUUUCUUGCGAAAUUUCCUGAGUUGUUCACCUGGUUUAAAAACUUCUUGGGUUACAAGGAGUCCUCACACCUGGAAAGCUUCCCAAAAGAGCGUAAUACAGAAGGGAUUGCUAUGGAGAUUGACUAUGCGUCAUGCAAACGCUUGGGCUCUAGCUACAGAGCGCUGCCUAAAAGCUUCCAACAGCCCAAGUGUACGGGACGAACGCCGCUCUGCAAAGAGGUCCUGAAUGACACAUGGGUUUCCUUUCCCUCUUGGUCAGAAGACUCCACCUUUGUUAGUUCUAAAAAAACACAGUAUGAGGAGCACAUUUACCGCUGUGAGGAUGAGCGGUUUGAGCUGGAUGUUGUAUUGGAAACCAAUCUGGCUACUAUACGAGUACUAGAGGCCAUUCAGAAGAAGCUUUCACGGUUAUCUGCGGAGGACCAGGCUAAGUUUCGGUUGGACAACACUCUAGGAGGAACAUCUGAAGUUAUUCACCGGAAAGCUCUUCAAAGGAUAUAUGCUGACAAGGCUGCUGACAUUAUAGAUGGUCUUAAAAAAAACCCAGCUGUUGCCGUCCCAAUUGUAUUAAAGAGGUUGAAAAUGAAGGAAGAGGAAUGGAGGGAAGCACAAAGAGGCUUCAAUAAGAUAUGGAGGGAGCAAAAUGAAAAGUACUACCUGAAAUCUCUAGACCACCAGGGUAUAAAAACUAUAAACAGACUGACACAAAGGUUCUCCGCUCGAAGAGUCUGCUAAAUGAAAUUGAAAGUAUCUAUGAUGAGCGACAAGAGCAAGCAUCAGAAGACAAUUCUGGAGUCCCCUCAGGACCUCACCUCACAUUGAUCUACGAGGACAAACAGAUACUGGAAGAUGCAGCUUCUCUUAUCAUCCACCAUGUGAAACGACAGACUAGUAUUCAGAAGGAAGACAAAUAUAAGAUCAAACAGAUCGUUUACCAUUUCAUCCCAGACCUGCUCUUUGCCCAGCGAGGAGAGCUGUCUGAUGUUGAGGAGGAAGAAGAGGAACAGACAGAUGAAACAGAGGAUGGGGUUACCAAGAAACACAAUGGGGUUGGGGGAGGCGGGGGCAAUAGCCCACCAAAACCCAAGCUGAUGUUUGGAAACACCGCAGCGCAGAAGUUUAGGGGCAUGGAAGACGCUUACAACUUGUUUUAUGUUAACAACAACUGGUACAUCUUUCUGCGUCUGCACCAGAUACUCUGCUCCCGGCUCCUGCGCAUUUAUAACCAAGCGGAAAAACAGGUGGAAGAGGAAAUGAGGGAACGGGAAUGGGAAAGAGAGGUACUUGGGCUGAAGAGGGACAAGAAUGACAGUCCAGCCAUACAGUUGAGACUGAAAGAGCCAAUGGAUAUAGAGGCUGUGGAUUAUUACCCAGCAUUCCUAGACAUGGUUCGGAACCUGCUGGACGGGAAUAUGGAUUCGAACCAGUAUGAAGACUCCCUGCGGGAGAUGUUUACCAUCCAUGCCUUCAUUGCCUUUACUAUGGAUAAACUGAUCCAGAGCAUAGUCAGGCAGCUCCAGCACAUAGUCAGUGAUGAAAUCUGUGUCCAAGUGACUGAUCUCUACCUCUCUGAGAGCAACUGCAAUUCCACUGGGGGUCUCCUGGCUACCCAAGCAUCACGCAGCCUGAAUGAAGCCAACUACCAGCGAAAGUCUGAACAGCUGAUGUCCGAUGAGAACUGCUUCAAGUUGGUGUUCACCCAGAGUUGUGGCCAGGUCCAAUUAACAAUUGAAUUGCUGGACACUGAGGAAGAAAACUCAGAUGACCCAGCGGAGACCGAGGUAAGCCCGACUCGCGCCUGA